AUGGCACUUGAAGUCAACACCUAUCUCUAUAUUUCUAUUUCAAUCCUUCUUGCUGUGUAUGUGUAUCUCCUAACAAAACAUCUACUUCACAAGCUCCAUCGUCUUCCUCCUACUCCUUUUCCUAUACUCCCUCUGAUAGGCCAUCUACACCUCCUAAAAAAACCUCUUCACCGAUCGCUAUCCAAGCUUUCCGACCGCCAUGGCCCAGUACUUUUCCUCCGCUUCGGAUCACGUCGUGUUCUUCUUGUUUCAUCGCCUUCCGCCGCCGAUGAAUGCCUUUCCAAGAACGACGUCGUGUUUGCCAACCGACCUCGGCUUCUCAGCGGGAAGUACUUCGGGUACAAUUACACGAGCCUCCCUUGGGCUCCUUACGGUGACCACUGGCUGAAUCUCCGCCGUAUCUCCGCCUUGGAGAUCCUCUCUUCCACUCGCCUUGACUCCCUCUCUCGCAUCCGCCUCGAUGAGACCCGAACGCUGGCACGUCACCUGUUUUUGUCCGCCGUUGAGAAUCCAGAUCAGAUAUUGGAUCUGAGAUCGGAGUUGUUUAGCUUCAUGUUUAAUGUAACAACAAGGAUGAUUGGAGGAAAGAGAUAUUAUGGACCGGAUAUCGGGAAAUCAGAGGAAGCGAAGAGGUUUCGUGAUGUAGUGGAUGACACGAAGCAGGUGAACGCACAGUCCAAUCUUACGGAUAUGGUGCCGAUUUUGCGGUGGUUUGUCGCCGGAAAAUUAGAAAACAGGUAUGCGGCGGUGCAAAAGAGACGAGAUGACUUCAUGCAAGCAUGGAUCGAUGAAUUCCGUGAUGAUCAUUCGGUUACUCCUGAAGGAGAGAAAACAUUGAUUCAAGUUCUACUAUAUCUACAAGAAACAGAUCCAGAAUACUACACAGACAAAGAAAUCAAAAGCCUUUCACUGGCUCUGCUACAUGCCGGAAUAAGCACUUCAGUGGAGACGAUGGAGUGGGCAAUGUCACUUCUAUUUAACAAUCCACACGUUCUAACAAACGCACAGAAAGAAAUCGACAAUCUCCUUGGAUCCGAUCGUUUAGUCGAAGAACCAGACUUGUCAAAGCUUCCUUACUUGCAGUGCAUCAUCAAAGAGACCCUAAGGAUGCAUCCAGCGGCGCCAUUACUUCUUCCUCAUCAGUCAUCUAAAGAUUGCAUGGUGGGAGGUUAUCAUGUCCCACAAGGUACGAUGUUACUGGUGAAUGUGUGGGCUUUACAGAAUGAUCCCCGGACAUGGGAUUCUCCGGAAGAAUUUAAACCAGAAAGGUUUGAAGGUAAGGAGAUGAAUAUUACUAUUAGGAACGUGAAAGAGGGGUUGACGAUGAUGCCAUUUGGCUCCGGCAGACGGCGGUGUCCCGGCGAGAACUUGGCGUUGCGGAUUAUGGGGUUAGCGUUGGCGUCGAUGAUUCAGUGCUUUGAUUGGGAACGUGUUAACGAGGAGUUGGUGGAUAUGAAGGAAUCGAAUGGGGUCACUGCACCCAAGGCCCACCCUCUGAUGGCUAAGUACAAGAUUCGAUCAAUCGUUGUCGGACAUUUAUCUCAAAUCUAA